CAUAAUUGUUACACCUCCAUAGUUGUGGGACUCUCUAGCAACCUAUGUAGCCUGUUUUCCCAUAGGGGAACACUUUCCCAUUCUGCCACCUACCUCCCAUAUUUAACCCCCUCCUCUCCUCCUCCACCAUGUUGGAGCACCUCCUCUAAAUGGACGACGCCCACCCUUCCUCCACCACCACCACCUCCGCCGCCACGGCCUUCGAGUGGGAGAAUCUCGCCCUCUACACCGCCACCAAGCCCCUCCACUUCUCCAUGUCCCUCCCCCACCUCUACCACUGCCACGUCCCUGAUCAGGACGUGGCAGCGGCAGCAGGGCAGAUGCCCGAGGCUGCGGCCGUCGGCCUCAGCCUCGGCGCGUUCCCCUCCCCCUUGCCGCCCGCGGCCCCUCCCACGAAGCGGUCGCCGGCGUCCUACCACAAUAUGCAGAACCCCUGCUGCCAGGUCGAGGGCUGUGCCCUCGACCUGAAGCUGGCCAAGGACUACCACCGCCGCCAUAGGAUCUGCGAGACGCACUCCAAGAGCCCGAAGGUUGUCGUCGCCGGCAUGGAGCGCCGCUUCUGCCAGCAAUGCAGCAGGUUCCACGACCUGUCGGAGUUCGACGAUAAGAAAAGGAGCUGCAGGCGGCGCCUCUCUGACCACAAUGCCAGACGGCGCAGGGUGCAGCCUGAGUCCGUCCAGCUCAGUGCCUCGUCAGGAGUUCUCUCUCCUGCACUGUACAUUGACCAGAGACAGGAAAAUGUUCUGUUGAACGGACUUCCCGUCUCUCUGUCAAACUCGUCGUGGGAAAACCCCCCACGACACUUGGAUCCGGAGAGGCUUUCCGCCAUCCACCACCACUCCACUCCUCGGAUUCUUGAUCAAUGUCUGCAUAACAACUCUUCCAUGGCUCCGGACCUGAUGAGUGCUCACUCUCUUCUGUCAUCCAAUUCAUGGAGCUUGAACGAAGGUGAAUCGCCGGUGGACGCGCAACAAUUGACCCUGUUCCAGGCCAACGAGGAGGUCGGGCUCGAUCAGGGCUCGGCCGCCUGGCUCUUGCAUAUGCACAAUGAUGGCUCAUCACAUCAGCAAGAACAUCAUCACCUCUUCAAACCACCAUACCCUUCUGGUACCUUUUAUUCCACUCAAAGGAGUUUGUAAUUUAUGUCUUUUCUCAUUUUCUUUCAUCUUUUUCAUUCGUUGUAGACUAUGUUGUUCUGUCAAUAAAUUUGUCCUUG